GCCGCCAUGAUGGCUUUCUGCAAAGUACGCUCAAUAUGUAAAGUUUCGUUAUUGUUUUUCAUUAAUUGUGACUGAGUGCGUGCAAAAAUUAACCAUGGGAACGAACUAGAGUGUGCAAAGUUCAGUUUAAGGUCCUUUUGGACCUCCUAGAGGAGCAAAAAAGUGUUUUAUAAGUGCAUUUUAGUGUCGACGCUAGCGUGUUUUGUUCUGUCAACAAAAUGUCGAAGCUCUCGUUUAGGGCGAGGGCCCUGGAUGCGUCGAAACCAAUGCCCAUAUAUCUCGCCGAGGAGCUUCCGGAUUUGCCGGACUACUCGGCGAUUAAUCGUGCAGUACCUCAAAUGCCCUCUGGAAUGGAAAAAGAGGAGGAAAGUGAACACCACCUCCAGAGGGCGAUCUCAGGCACGGGGCUCAUCAUACCAACACCGGAGGUGUGCGAGGUCAACGACAUCCACUUCUACGAGCGAUGUUACCCGCCCGACUACAAAAUGCCCAAGCAGCAUAUACACAUGCAGCCGUUAUGGGAAGAGCAGGAGGCGCCGGAAUACGACAUCGACUCGGAGGAUGAACGGUGGCUGAAGCAGCAGAGGCACCUUGAUCUGACAGAGCUGAAGUUCGAGCAAAUGAUGGACAAACUCGAAAAGAGCUCUGGCCAGACAGUGGUGACACUCAGCGAGGCUAAGCUACUGUUGGAGAGGCACGAUGACCUCGUGACCGCCGUGUACGACUACUGGCUCAACAAACGGCUAACCACGCAACACCCCUUGAUAUUGACGGUGAAGACGGAGAGCAGACCAGGGCAGUCGUCCAACAACCCGUACCUCGCGUUCAGGCGGCGGACUGAGAAAAUGCAGACCAGAAAGAACAGGAAAAACGAUGAAACAUCAUACGAGAAGAUGCUCAAACUCCGUCGUGAUCUGGUGCGGGCGUUGACCCUGCUGGAGUUCGUGGCGCGGCGGGAGGUGGCCAAGCGUGAGUUGGUCGCGCUGACCGCUCAGCUCGCCGACCGCCGGUACGCCGCCGGCGACUUCGCCAACCAACUGUUACCACCAGAGCCUACACCCAGGUACUGUUCACGUGUUUACGUCAGGGCGUCGUACACGAGUGUGCCGUUGUCUGCCGGUCGCCUGGCCGCAAGCUGUCGACACUACGAGCCGCUAUACACGGCGCGUUCAACGCCCACGCACGCUCACUCGGCCGCCACACACGCGCACUCCGCACACGACGCGCAUGCCGUGCCGCGACAGCGAGAGAAGCGACCGUACAAGAAACGGCCGAAACACAGGCAUCCGGCCGCCGGCUCGGUGCAGCUGCGAGAGUCGGGCGUUUACACGUCGUCGGAGGAAGAGAGUGUACCGCGAGAGGCGACCGCCAGUCCUCCAGACGACGGACCUUUCGCGUUCAGACGCAAACCCGGCUGUUUCUACGAGAUGCCCACGUCUACACUGUAUGGAGACCCUGUCGAUCCGGAAAUGCCUACGAAAGACGGCCUCUACGAGCACGAAAUUGACACGCGGCAUAGGUUCACGCUGACGUCGGUGCGGGAGUGGGGCGGCGGGCGGCGCUGCGUGGGGUUCGUGCGGCGCAGGGUGGCGCGCGGCGGACGAGUCGCGCUCGACCGCACCCGCACGCCGCUCGACGACCUGUGGCCGCGGCUGGCCCCCCCCGCCCCCGCCGCACCCCACACGCGCCCGGAGGAGUUGGAGAAGAAGUCACAUCGAACUCCCACAGAAUUUACACAAGACUACCACGCGGGUGGCAAGUAUCCGUGGCGGCGCGCGUUCCGGCAGCAUCUCGCUCAAAAGCCUGACCUGUGGAUCGUGCAAGACGAGACGGCCGAUGUCGAGAACGUCAAAGUCCACGCGGAUGACGUCAAGAUCCACACGGAUGACGUCAAAGUCCACGCGGAUGAUGUCAAAGUCCACGCGGAUGACGUCAGAGUCCAUGCGGGUAACGUCAAAGUCAAAGAGGAACCAAUGGACGUGUUACCGGACGUUAUACCUCAGGAUAGUGUAAAAAGUGAUAUUAGUGUUAGUGCAAGAACUAUUGAUAGUGUUGUAAGGCAAAAUCUGCAGCGGGUGAUCAGGAAGAGAUCGUGGAGCGGCUGCAGUGACAGCAGUUACGAAUCGGAUGAGAGUCUGCAUCCGGUCGAGAAGGAGUUUGAGAAUUUUAUCAACGAGGUUAAUAAGAAAUGGUUACAUUUCCGACCAAAAACACCUUCGCCCACACCACCUGAGCCAGAAGCCCCGGCGGAAGAUCAGUUUCCCAUCGCCCCCGAUACCCUCAUCUCCGUGGAAUUACGAUCCGCAGAGAAACCACCUUCGGAAGCUCUAGAUACAUUUACAACCUCACAGUUCACUCUUGGUGAACUGUACGGUGAUAUAAAUCCGGAAGACACUAGUGGCAGCAGUUUGGACAUAAGUGAUGAUCUGCUACCAGAAAACUUUACUGGAUUAACAGAGGCCCAAGUUGAAAGCAUCCUAUCAGAGACAGACCUCAAAACCUUGGCUGAUGACUUGACGAAAGACGACAAGAAGAUCACAGAGGAUAUAUUGGAUUUAGUGAAUGAUGUCGACAAGGGUUCUUUUUUAUUGCAAGGCCAGAGCACGGAAGGGCGCGCCGUCUCUGGCCCAAAGAGGAGGAAGGCGGAUUCCUUCGGCUCGAGUGUGGUCCACGUCAGCGCGGAUAAAGAAACCAUAUACAUCGAUACGGAAACGCCUAAAGUUGUUGAGACGCCCAAAGAUAUCAAAGCGGAGAAGGUGGAACCAUCUCCAGUACCAACGUCCAAGAUUAUUGUUGAAGAAGUGAAUGAAGUGCCUCAAAUUAAAGUGGAGAAGAAGAGGAAGGAGGAGACGUUAGAAGAGGUGCAGUUGGCUCCCGGUGUGCAGCUGAAGACGGUACAAACGAAGCAUUCCCCGUUGAAGAAGCAUAUAAUAACAUCGGUGGCACAUAGGAGACCGAAUGAAGUCUCGUUAGUACAGGAAACGGCGCAACCCCAAAUUGUGACAGUCGCCGUCUCUGAUAGUUUGAAGGUGCGGCUACAGAACCAUCUGCUGUCGAGUCAGGCCGGCGUGCUGGUACAGAACGGACCGUUCCCUUCGGUGGCCGUCGCGCUGCCUCUCCAGCGGGACAGGGUCGACCGGACCGACCGGACCGAACCCGUGAAACUAUCGGUGGCGGGCGUGAGCGCGGUAGGCAGCGUGGCGAGCGUGACGAGCGUGGCGAGCGUGGCGGCGGGGUCACAGCGACGCAGCGCGCCGCUAGUGCAGCUCGCACACAAGCCGCUGCAGCUGCACUCGCCGCAGCACUCGGCGCCGCUCGUCGUCGCGCAGGGCCACACCAUACACCACGUCGCGCCCAACAAACUCAAGGUGUUGCACGCGCACCCGCUGACGCAGUCGCAGCGCGCGCAGCUGCUGGCGGCGCGGGCGGGCGCGGCGGGCAGCGGCGGCGUGUCGCUGGCCCCACUGGCCCCGCUGGCCCCGCUGGCCCCGCUAGCCCCGCUGGCCCCGCUGGCGGACGCGCGCCACCCCGCGCUGCUUAAGGCCGCGCCCGGCUCCGUCGCACAGUUCUUUGAGAUCAAGCGCGCAGUUGUCGACGGUAGGAACGAUCAGUGGCAGUGUGUCGCUGGCCCCAUUGAUCUCGGAGGUUCUAUUGGCCCAGCUCGCUGGUGUGCGGUCACCCCGUGCCGUCUCGCGUCGCCCUGCGGUGCUCGAGACGGUGCUCUGAUGCGCAAUUUUUCCGGGAUAAAGCAGGAGGUGACGGGCGGUCAGCUGGCGAAGGGCCCGCACCUGGUGAACGUGGUGCGGCAGGCGGGCGGCAAGCGGCGCGCGGCGGGCGCGGCGCCGGCGGCCGCGCACCGCGUGUCCGUGGGGCUCGACGGACGCGCGCUCGUGCGGGCCGCGCCCCUCCCCGCCGCGCCCCUCCCCGCCGCGCCCCACGCCGCGCCCCACGCCGCGCCCGCCGCGCCCGCAGUGCGCGCGCCCACGCACCACAUACACCUCAAGACGAGGCCGCUGCACCUCGCCGAUGCCAGGGUCCCGAACGCGGUGGUCGCGAACCUGCUGCAGAAGACGACGGUGCUGCCGCGCGGGCCCAAGAUCGCCAUCUCGGGCCCCGGCGGGCAGCCGCUGUCGGCCAACGUGCAGGCCAUCGCCUUCACCGCCGCGCAGCUCAAGGCGCGCCAGGCCCGCCUCGUGCCGCAGCCCAGGCCCGUCCCGCUCGCUGAAAUAGUGGAGGCGUCGAGUGCGGGCGCGACGUCGUCGAGCGGCGCGGGCAUGUCCGCGGAGCGAGCCCUGCAGGACGAGGACGCCGCCACCAACGGGGCCGUGCGCCGCCGCCCGGCCGACUCGCUGCCCAUGGAGGUCACGUGA